UCCUGAUCAUCGCCAUCAUCAUCAUCCUCUCAUCAAUAUUAAUAAUAAUACAAUGUCUUUGACUAUGAUUUUUGAUCAAUUUAAAAUGAUUUUCUUAAUCAUUGUAACAUCAACACUAAUUAAUCAACUUGAAUCAACAGCAAUAUCAUUUCAACAAUUAAGUGAUCAUAUUAUUGAUAAACGAGCUGCCGAUUACCAUGACUGGACUUAUGAAGAUCAAAAGGCAUGGGUAACAAAUAUAACUCAUUGUGGAGGUGAUAAACAAUCACCGAUCAACCUUGAUUCGUCCAAGGCUCGAGUUGAUAAAACGCUAACCUUGGACAUUAAGAAGUACGAUCGUUUGAUUGAUACAGCGUUCGUCUAUUCAACUGGACAUAGUUUAAAAUUGGAAUUCGAGUCAAGAGGAGUAUACUUAUUAUCGGGAACUGUUGUUGAUCGUCCUUAUGAGCUACUUCAAGUUCAUAUUCAUUGGGGAAUCAACUCAAUGUCAGGAUCAGAACAUUCAAUUGAUGGUGAACGUUUUUCCGCCGAGGUUCAUUUUGUCCAUAGGAAUACCAAAUAUGCUAAUGAAUCUAGUUACUCAGUUUUGCAGAAAGUUGAUGGAUUAACUGUUCUCGGUGUAAUUGCAAAGAAUGGUGAUCCUAAUCCUGGAGUUGACAUCUUAUUGGAAGCCAUGCAAAGUAAUUCGUCAGAUAUUAAGUAUCCAGUGAAAAAACCCUUCGAUUUGAAUCACCUUUUGCCCUCGAAUAAGAAAUCGUUUUUCAAAUAUUCGGGCUCACUGACCACUCCUACAUGUAACGAAGUGGUCAACUGGAUUGUCAUGAAAGAUUUCAUAACAGUUUCCAAUGAUCAAAUUGAUAGACUUCGUAAUCUUAUUUCCCCAUCAGAAACUGUAAUGCAAACUGUUGUCCGUGACCUUCAACCUCUUCAAGGUCGAACGGUAUUCCAAAGCGAUUCCGGUUCUGGAUUCGCACCAACACUGACCAGUCUCUGUUAUCUUAUAUUAGCAGUGAUUGUUCAUAUCACUUUGAUUGAUAAAUUAAACUUAGACUAGAAAAUUGAAUAAUAAUUACAAUCAAUCUCAUCUUCACAUUAUCAUCAUCAUGUUAAAUCAUCAUAAUUAACACCCACCAACACAAUCAUCAACGAUAACAUAAUGACAAGAUGAUAACAAGGAAAACGCAAGUUCACAUCUUCCCCCCACUUCCGGAUAAACAAAUCAACUACUUCCUAUUUUCUGAAGGUCAACUUAUAUUAUCAAUCAUGUUAAUAUAUUAUCUUACCAGAAUCAUUUAACAUCACAAUCAAAUUAAUCAUGAUUAUAAUGAUUAGUUGAUUUUAAAAGUAAUAAUAAUGAAAACAGUUCAAUUUGAUUUAAUGAUUUUAUCUAGUCGAUGUUAAUUGUUUUAACAAUCAAAAAAGGAAACAAUAAUUGGUAAACAAUCAACGCAAAGUUUUAAUCAAAUUUCACAAUUAGUUUUUUUUCCUUGUGAUAAUAAAUAAAUAAUUAAUUAUAAACACAAAUUUUAUUAAUCAAAUGUAUAAUUUAGCAGCUAAUUGUUACUAUUAAUUGUCUUGUUAUCACUUAAUUGUGCUCUAAUUGUUUAUUAGAUUGUUAAUUGUAUACAAUAUAUUAAUCACGAUUAUCAAUGGAUUUAUGUUAAUCUGUACAGUUUCAAAUCUAUUGAUUCAUAGCAAUUAAAUUUUAUCGUUAAUUUAAUUUAAUUGUUGAUUUGAUUGUAAUGUUUUUUUUUCAAAUUGAGUAUUUGGUUUAAUUGGAUAGUUAAACUUGGUGAUGAUUAACUAUCUAAAUUUGCAUAAAGUGCAUCGCAAUUAAAAAGGUUAAUUAGUUGAAAUAGACUGUUAAUCAUUUGAUCAGUUGAUCAGCGUUUAAGUAAAUUGUUGACUUUUUGCUUCUUUCAAUUAGUUUAAUUCUGAAUCUGAUUAAUCAACCUGAGUAAAGUUGAUGAGUAAUAGAAAAGGUUUCUGACUCUUUCUCCUUGAUAUAAAUUGUUACCUGUUGAUAUACUUUCAUGAUAAUUACUUUAAUUGUCUUCAAGUGUAUUUCAAACCUGUUUAAUUGACUAAUUUUUAUUCAAUUUCAUUUGAUUGAUAUUGUUUUUCUUUCACCAUGAGAUUGGUUAUUAUUUAUUUUGUGAUUCUCAGCUUCUUUGGGUUCACUUUUGUCUCAUUGGAGAGUUGGCCUGGGACAGGUAGCAGAGGUUUAGUUGCUCCAGCCGCUGUCGGUCAACAUUUACCAUCAAUGUUACCUGGACAAGCUUCUCCUGGUUCAUCAGCUCACUCAUCUGCUGGUUCUUUAGCUGGUGCUAAAUCUAAUCGUAUUGGAUCUGGAACAACCAGUGGAUCAGGUCAAGACGAUGACAUUUAUCCCGCUGAUCAGUCUUCAGGAAGUUCAAACGCUACUUCGCAAGCAACUGCAGGAUCAAAAUCCAAGGCUAAUGCUAAAUCGUCCACGACUAGUAAAUCAACUCCUUCCCCUUUAACCGAUGAUGCAGCAGACCCCAAGAAAAGUCUCAGCUCGAGCCCAAAAAACGAGCUCGGACCAAAACCAAGUCCAUUAGCUGAUCCUGAUGCUUCCUCUGACAUAUCCAAUUCAACUUCUAAUGCCUCUUCAGCCAGUGAUAGUGAUGUAGACGAUGAAGAAGCCUCUGUACCUGCCUCCGAAUCUGAAAAAUCAAAAUCAAAAUCAAGUGCCGCGAGUACAUCGAAAUCUGAUAAAUCGACCAAGUCAGAUAAAUCUGAAAAGCUGAGAAACCCGAUAAAUCAGAUAAAACGGAAAAAACGGAAAAACCAGAAAAAUCGGAAAAAUCCUCCAAGGCUCAUCCUGAUUCAUCUAAUAAGACCAAAUCUGACGAAGACUCAGAAUCGGGUGAUGAUUUCUUUGACUUGAUCGCAGCAGCAUCAGCAAACGCCACAUCAACAACCACCGAAAGCUCAAAGGCAACAGAAAGCAGCAACUCAACCACUAGUGACGAAAGCGAUUUAAAAGGGAAACCAACCGAAGAGAGCGUUACCGAGUCAAAAAACUUGACAUCAUCAUCCUCGUCGCUCUCUUCCUCAUCGUCUUCUUCGUCCUCUUCUUCUGCUUCUACUGAGAAACCAACAACAACGGAAAAGCCCGAUCCAGAUAAAGAAGAUUCAUGGUCAAAAGUUUUCGCAGGCUCAUAUUGGACAAAACCUAAGAACAAGACUAAAAACGAUAAGCCCUCAUCUUCAGCUUCAUCAUCAGAAUCCUCAUCUUCUUCCACAUCAUCAAAAGAUGACGAUUCCAAUAGCACCAUGACCCUUGACUUGAGCUCUUUAAAAUCAGUCUCACCUAAGUUGAAAGACGAUAUAAACAACAUUGUAGCCAAGGCUUAUAACAAAUCAGAACAUGCAAUUACUGGUUUAGUUAAAACAAUCAGCCAAACAGUUGUUGAUAUUUACGCUCGAUUAAGCAAUAAAAAGGAUUGAUAAUGAAAUAUUAAUUGAAAUAAAGUUUCAAAUUUGAAUCAAAUA